AUGACUAAGAUCUCUUCUCUUAACACAUCUGUCUCUCACAAUAACGCCUCUACUUUCUCUGCCUUCUCUCCUCCUGACACCUUCUCUGCUCCUAACACCUCUGUCUUCUCUCAUCCAGACUCUUCCUUCUCUGCUCCUUAUGCCUCUACCUUCUCUUCUUCUACCAACUUCUCUCCUAACACCUCUACCUUCUCUCCUCCUGACACCUUCUCUGCUCCUAACACCUCUGCCUUCUCUUCUUCUACCAACUUCUUUCCUAACACCUCUACCUUCUCUCCGCCUGACACCUUCUCUGCUCCCUAUGCCUCUACCUUCUCUCAUCCAGACACUUCCUUCUCUGCUCCUAACACCUCUGCCUUCUCUCCUCCAGACUCGUCCUUCUCUGUUCCUUAUGCCUCUACCUUCUCUUCUUCUACCAACUUCUCUCCUAACACCUCUACCUUCUCUCCUCCUGACACCUUCUCUGCUCCUAACACCUCUGCCUUCUCUUCUUCUACCAACUUCUUUCCUAACACCUCUACCUUUUCUCCUCCUGACAUCUUCUCUGCUCCUAACACCUCUACCUUCUCUCCUCCAGAGUCUGCCUUCUCUGCUCCUAACACCUCUGCCUUCUCUCCUCCAGAGUCUUCCUUCUCUGUUCAUGAAACCUUCUCGGCUCCUAACACCACUGUCUUCUCUCCUCCGGACUCUUUCUUCUCUGCUCCUUAUGCCUCUACCUUCUCUGCUCCUAGCACCUCUGCCUUCUCUCCUCCAGACUCGUCCUUCUCUGCUCCUAACACCUCUACCUUCUCUCCUCCAGAGUCUGCCUUCUCUGCUCCUAACACCUCUGCCUUCUCUCCUCCAGAGUCUUCCUUCUCUGUUCAUGAAACCUUCUCGGCUCCUAACACCACUGUCUUCUCUCCUCCGGACUCUUUCUUCUCUGCUCCUUAUGCCUCUACCUUCUCUGCUCCUAGCACCUCUGCCUUCUCUCCUCCCGACACUUUCUCUCCAAACACAUCUUUCUCUUCUAUCACAUCUUUCAAUCAUCCUCACGCCUAUUCCCUCACUCCUCAGCCUCUUGAUAACACAGACCCAAUGAUUCCACUUAUGAUUGAUAAAAAGGACAAUAAGUACAGCAAUAUCCUUGUUAGAUCCAAGGAUCUCCAUUCCCUAAUAACGAAGGCAGGGGCCUCACUAAUACCUGCUGUAAUCCUGUUGAAUGGAGCGAUUGAUUUGGUCUUCGCCAAGGAAGAACUUGCAGAGUCCGGGGGCAUGGGCAAAAGGAAAAAUAACAAGGCGCCCCUGGACUCUGCAAAAGUUGAAGCAGUGCAAGAAAACCAGAUGAAGGAGCAACCAGCAGAUGUCCCUUCUUCAGUCUCAAGAAGACUUCUGACCAACUACAUGAAAAUGGAAUGGCAGAUUAUUACAUUUCUUCAGAGGGUGCAGUUGCCUCUGCUCCAGUAUAACCAAGCCCCUACUUUCUAA